CUUCGAGUAUUAUGCUCCGUCAAGUCCGUGAUAUGCUCGGUCCCUAUAUUUCUAUGUCUAUGUUUUAAACGCUUUCUUAACCUAAUUUUUGCGUACUAUAAACAUAAUCGUGAUAAUCGUGAGAACGUAAUUACUUUUGGCAAUUAUUUUUUUAAUAAUUACUUUUUAAUAUUAAUAAACAUGCCACGAUUGCCUUUGCAUCCUGCAUCUGGAACAGGUAUUGUUACGCCAUUCGCCAAAGCAAUACGGUUCGUUCGUUAUGGUUGCACUAAUAGACCGUUCUAUCAUAUUGUUGUAAUGGAUGUUAAAAAGCAAGCAAAAAAGCCACCAAUAGAACAAGUUGGUACUUAUGAUCCUAUUCCAAAUGUAUACAAUGAGAAAUUAGUGUCAUUCAAUUAUGAAAGAAUCCAAUAUUGGUUUGCCAAAGGAGCACAGGUAUCUAAACCUGUUGCGGAUUUAUUAGGACUUGCUGGAUUCUUACCUGUUCAUCCAAGAACAUACAUGAGAGCAUGGAGAAAUCGCAAAACUUUAAAGGAAAGUGCUGCUAAAGAAAGUAUAUUUCAAGAGCAAGUUACAUCGCAAAGUUAAGAUACAUUUCUUUUCCAAUGGACAUUUGUUUUUUGUAUAUAUUUUACAGUUUAUCAAUAAAAUUUUUGUCAAAUAUUGUAUGGAAAAUGUAUGUAAUGUUGCAAAAUUAACUUUCAAUUGUUGUAGACAUAUUUAAUAUAGAAUAGAAUACUCCAACUUUUUGAAGCAA